AUGGCGAACCGCUUUAACCCGCAUCAGCACCCGAUGCAACCGCCCGGUGAUGGCAACCAGGCGCAGUCCUUCUUCUACCACCCUGCAAGCACACAGCAGCAGCAGGUUUAUCAGGGCUACCCCCAAGGCUUCCCGCCGCUUCACCUCAUGGCACCGCAGCAGCAGAUGCAGUUCUUGCAGACCCUCAACGAAGCGCAACGUCGCCAGGCGCUGCAGCAGCAACAGCAGCAGCAGCAACAAGAGAUGAAGAACCGCGCUGGCGGUGGCCUUGCGCAGCAGCAGCAGCAGCAGCAGCAGCACCCUGGCUUUACUCGCCUGUCGGCCGCUGAGCUGCUGUUGCUGCAGCAGCAGCAGCAGCAAAAUCAAGAGCGGGAGCUGAGGCAGCGGCUUGGCCUACCGGAAGGUGCGAUGCUGGCCAACUACGGUGGGAACGCGAACAACGCGACGGCUGCAAACAACUUCCUCGCCAAUAUCACACUAGCUCAGAUGCGCCAGCAGCAGCAACAACAGCAGCAAUAUCAGCAGCAGCUCUCCCAGCUACAAUCCCAACAGCAGCAGCAGCAGCAGCAGAGUACGCAGCAGCAACAGCUGGCUGCUCUGAUGGCGGCCGGUAAGGUCGGUGCAGGCGCUGCGGCACCCACUGCUGGUAUGGGCGGCGCCGGUGCGAUGAUGCUGCUCUCCAGCGCUGUCGGACCCCAAGUUGACCCCGCCAUUGCUGCCGCGUCCCCAGUGAUGCAGCAGCAGUCUGGAACCGCAGCCGGCACCGGCAACUCCAGCGCAGUCCCCGCCGCAGCAACAUCGGUGGCGCCACCUGCUGCGGGUCCCGCCGCCGGCGGCGCUGGACCCACUGCCGCCGCAGCAGCAGCCACGGGGAAGGGAAAGAUAGAAGUAGACGACGAAUACGGCCUGAAGCAGCUGGUGAAGGUGGUGCAGCCACCGCUGCCAAUGGCCACCACGCCGUACGUGCCGUCCGCGGAUGAGCCGACAGACCCGGUGUCUGGGCGGCCGAUCAGCCAGCAGGACGCCGACGAGCUGAACUUCACCUUUAUCACUCGUGGGGUCGAUAUCACGCAAAUCGGCCUCUCAGUCACGGAGGAGGGGUGGCUGCACACAACCCUCGCGACGCUGCCGCUCGACUCGUACGAGUACUACAUCCUGCCCGAGUUCAAGAUCCCGGACAGCUACAAGAAGCCGCGGCCCAAGUCCCUCUCCAUGAAGUCAUUCCAUCAGUUCAAGGAGGAGACCCUCUUUUACAUCUUCUACAGCAUGCCGCGUGAUGUGCUGCACCUGGCCGCGGCCCGCGCACUCUACGAGCGUGGCUGGCGGUACAACAAGUGUGCCCAGCACUGGUUGCACCCCGUGAAAGCAGACGACGGGUCCCUCAUGGAGAAGACCACGACAGGGCCGAACGGGCAAAAGAUCUUCACCGGCACGUACACCGUCUUUCAACCGAACGAGUGGAAACAGGUGCGCACGCAGCCGAACCAUGUCAUCGCGGCCGCCGACAUUGAGGAGCAGAGUGCGUUGGUGGCUGCUAUGGAAGAGGCGGCGCGACAGCAGUCUCAGCGCGCGCGCAGCAAGGCGGCGCACGGAGCUGGUGGCGGCGGCAGCAGCGCUGCUGCCGCCGCCGGCUCAAACGGCAACAACGGCAGCAGUGCCGGCAACAACACGCCCUCGGCGAGCGCGUGA